AAUGUUUAUCAUUUCAGUUUUUGAAUAAUUUGAACAAGUUCCUGUCAAUUCUGUGAAUUAUUUAGAUAAUUUAUCUAUUGAAAAGAUGUCUUCUAAUUACAUCCAUGAGAUAGCCCUUUCAAUGGGUUUUUCUCUUAAUAAGGAACUUCCAAUGGCCAAUGAAGAAAACAAGCAACUUCUACUUCUAAUUGAUAAUUUAAAUGAAGAAAAAUCUUUAUUGCAAAUAAAUGUACAGAAUUUCAAUGAACGAGCCCAGAGGUUAAUUAAUCAUGCAAAGAACUCAGAAGUAACUCAUGCCCAAAAUAUGAGUCUAAUUUACGCCUAUCAAUCGGAUAUGAGGACGGAGCAACACAUGUGCAAAAUUGCUGAGCGGGAAAUUUCAAAGUUAAAAAUUGAUUUGAAAGAAAUCCAACAAGAAGAAGCAGCACUUUGUCAAUAUGAAGAUACAACAGAAAAUGACAUCAAAAAUAGAAACAAGACUAUUUUUAACCUAAGCAACCGCAUAAAUUGGUUAAAGGCAGCCUUAAUCGAAUGGCGUCAAUGCAUGGAAGAAGGGAACGAAGCCAAUCAACUUAUUGAAAAAUAUUGCAAAGAUGAUCAUAAAAAAUACUUGACCGUUGAGACCAAACGUCGAAUUCUUCAGAACGCAAUCAACAAAAAACGCCAAACCUUGAUAGAUUUUGUAGAAGAACAAAAAUCCCUGGAACAAAAUCUUGAUCGGACGGCAAAUCUAUAUCGAAACUCUCAUGCUGAACGCAGAGAAAUGGUGGACACAUGGAAAACGGCUGUUGGCCAGAUGAAUCAAAGAGAACAGGAUAUUCUUAAUACCGAAGCUGAGUUUGAAAGAGUUCUUGAAAAUUGUCUUAUAAAAGAGGCCAAACUUAAAGCUGAAGAAGCCAAAUUAGACGAAAUGAUUGCCAAUAAUAGAGAAGUUGAGGAAAGAAUCGAUGAGUUGAAUGAUGAAACGUCUGAUUUAAAGGACAAAUUGCAAAGUCUUCUUGAUUUAGUAGCGUUGAGAGACAAUGAAGUAGAUAUUUUGAAAAAAGAGCUCCAUGGUUUAGCCAAUAGGGUUCAACAGCAACGUCAGAAAAACCGACAAGAUGUCCAACGCAAAUCAGACAAGGAAAAUGAGUUAUCUAAUUGCAUUGAAGGAAAUAAAAAACUUAAGAAAAGCCAUGAGAAUCUUAAUAACAAGAAUAUGAAUGCCCAAGAACGACUUCGUGUUCUCGAGGAAAUGAUUGAAUCCGAGGAAAACACCAAAGCAAAACUUUCUCAAGAAACAACAAGAAUGAAUGAACUUCUAUAUCGUACACAGCAACAUUUAGUAAAGUUUAAAGAUGACGAAAAAUUACUGGAAGUUGAAAAUGCAGGGAUUCGCUUAAACAUUGCAGCAAUGAAAAAAAGUAUUAAGGAAACCAAAAAAAUAUUGGAUAAACGAACCGAGUCCAAUUAUGAAGUGUCUCUUAAAGCUUUCCUUUUGGAUAAACGUAUUGAGAAAGUUAAGGGAAUAUCAGUUGAUACUCAAGAAGAGAGUCAAAACCGAUUAGAACUGACUAGACUGGAGGCAUAUUAUAAUGAAGUUUCAAAAGCAUUGCAAGUUCUUCAGUACCAAAGUACAAAAUUGGAAAGUGAUAUGAGAAAUUUAACUAUUUGGUAUAACAAUGACUUGAAAGAAAUCGAAGAUAUGAAUUUUCGUAUAAAAGAAGCUCAACUUUACUGCGAAGGUGGUUUGAAAAAAGUCUCUGCAAUGACUCUAGAUAAUCAAGAGCAAAUUGUUGAACUGAGUAUUUUAAAAAUGCGCGUUAAUGGAUGGGAGAAUCAAAUCACACAAUGUCAAAACAGAUCAUACAACUUAGGACGACAUCGGCUUGAAAUGGUUAGAAAUGUUAAAGAACGGAUGGUUGAAACAAAUUCUCAAUAUGAUCUUAUGUGUCUUAAACGUAAACACUUAAUGGAAGAACUAAGUACUUUAAAAUGUGACAUUGGUGAGAGAAUGAUUAAGAUCGAAGCCACAAAAGCCCGUUAUGAACUCACUUCGAAGUUGCUUGGGACUAACGAUGAUGGCUCGUUGGUGACGGCUACUCAAAUGAAAGUUGAAAAUGCUCAGGAAAAGCAAAUGCUUCUAGAGCAAGGUAAUACAUUAAAUGCAAAUGUUCUGAAAGCUGAGUAUGAAAUCAAAGCUAUGGAGCAUACAUUAGCGCUAAUGAAUGGAUCGAAUGAAAUUUACCGUCGAAACUUUGAGGAACUUGAUGAAGAUGCGGAUGAUCUAAAGCUUCUUAAGGAUCUACAAACUGAUUAUUGCCAACAUUUAACUGAACUUAGGAGUCUACGCAAUAAAAUAAUUCAAAAAGAACGACAAAUUGAAAACAUAGGAUUGGAAAAAGAAGUGUUGGAGGAGACACUUCAGGAACUUAUUAGAAAGAGAUUAGAUAACAAUGAGCUUCUUACAAAAGUCCACAAGGAACUUCUUGAUCAAGCAGUAAAAAUUCAGCGUGCAAAUCGUGAAGUAAAAACGGCUUGGAAGACAACGCGCCAACGUUCAUUCGAUUCGGUAUUUCUAACAAUUUACAACAAAGAAUUAGAUUUGCGUGAACUUGAAAAACGCAAUAGUACCGCCUUGCAACUGUUUGCCGAUAUUAUAGAUAAUGAUUCGGAUUUGGCUCCACACACAACAAAAAUGCUCUACGCCAAAGGUAUUGAAUGUCCAAAAGCUAGAAAGUGUCGAACCUUGUCUUCUUGGCGUGGUGAAUUCUCUGAACUUUCAUAUACAUCUACGAAGGAAACACAUUCAUCAAGAUCAAGUGGAUCAGUGAAUUCUUUAGCCAAAAUGACAAGUUCCACUAGGCCAAGCAUAAUUUCGAUUGAUUUUCCAGUAGAAAUUUCCAGCCACCGAAAAUAAAAAACCAUUAUUCAAAAGACGUUUUGUUUUUAUUUAUUUU